AUGGAUGAAAAGUUCAGUUUGCUGUCACAGCGAUGGUCGAAGAUCGCAUGGGCCUGCCCGGUAGCUCAAACGGUCAAGGAAGGAGCAGCUAGCGCCGCAUACGUGUUCCAAGUCUUCGAUGUCCUCAAGAUCCCCAUCCCCGAGACUUGUCUGAACUUGGCGUCGAAAUCCGAUUUCUCCGUUGAGCUGCAUUUGAAUGCAACCCUGUUUGAUACCUCCAGCUCUGUUUUCUUCGGCAACACCUGGUCUGGUGGCAAGAUUGAGUUGAAGUCAUGCCUGCAAAAGAUCGAAGAAAAGACAAGAACUCAACAUGGACCCUGCAUGGUCUGCCAGCUGAAGAUGCCGGAAGGCUAUGGAUUUGUGUUCCACAGCUCGCAAGACCUAGACAAGACCGUUCUUGCAGUUGAGGUCGUGGUGAGCAUGACACAGAAGAACCCGAUCAGAGUCGAUCAGCUGGGGUUGUGCUGGAGUCUGGUCCACCUUCACCCCAGCGGAGAAUUUGAGAGUUUCUCGCUGCCUCGGGACGAGCCUAGCUUGAAAUCAAGCGCGCUGAUGAUGGGAAGCCCGCGGCUGCUGGUCCUGGCGAAGUUCAACUUGAACGACUUCAAGAGUUUCGUGCUCAAGCAAAACUCUUCCUUCCGAUACAUCUGCAUGUCAUUCGCCAAGGCGAGCAAUGUCCUCACGGAGCUUCUGGCUCCGAAUCAACUUUGUGGAGGGACGGAUCCUGUCAUGUCCACCAUCCCAGGAAUCACAGCAGGAGGUCAGCUGGGACCAAAGUUUUCAAAUAUCAAAAUGAUGCCGUCGCAUUCUCUGAAAGUGAAGAACCUCGCCGUCAAGAACUUGACUGUCGAUGCCCAGACAGUCCGUGUUGAGCUGGGACUUCACAAUGGCAGGCGCUUCCUGGGUGCCCAACCCCUGGUGGCAUGCACACUGACGAGGACAGGAAGCGAGUGGUCCAGCAAGGAAGACAUCGUUCUCAAGAACUUCAUGGCUGUCAACUCAGCUCCUCUCCUCCUCCUUCUCUUCGCAGAUUCAACCUGUUUGGGGUGGAUCUGCGCAGCUCUGGUAGAGGAGGACGACGGCCCCGUGCUGGCAGGAAGAUACCAACUCUCGAUGAACACCGGCAAGUUGCCACCUAGCGUGAGCACCUUGAAGAUUUCUCGCAAAGGCAAGCUGCUCUUCAUUUCAGAUCCUUGUUUCCACAUCGCAGCCCUGGUCACAUUCCAGGUGGAGGCAGGAGACAAUCUCAAAGUUGCCGAUGUUGCUCAAGCUGCAAAGGAUCUCAAGCGCGCAGGCAGCAAGCCGGCGCCGCCAGUCUCGAAGCCCAAGUCUCCUUCAGUGAGCGGAUCGGACGAGGAGUCUGUGUCAGCAGAGACAGCAUCAGAGACUCAGGAAUCGGAAGACCAGGCCACACCGCGAGCUGAGGCUGGCAGGGCUGCGGGCGAGGGCGAGGGGGGGGAUGGCGAAGGAGAACUUUCCUUAAUCUGCUCCCUUGCCCACAUCCCUGGAAGCAAACUCGACUCGAAGACAAUCAGGGGCAUCGACUGGGAGAUCAGCUUCCCCGAAUUGAGCAAGAUUCUCAAGGAAGAGAUAGGAACAGACGCCUACAUCUCCUACACUCCUGUCGACGAGAACAACCGGGCUAAGUCUCCUAUCCUCGUGGACAGCGCUGCCAAGCUCGAAGCCUUCUUGGAUUACUUCUUCAACGAGCAACCCGACGGCGAUUCGACUCCUGCGAGGGUUCAUGUCACCUGCUUUCCGAAAGACGCGGCGGCGGCGGCGGCGGCGGCGGCACCACCAGCAGCGGCAGCAGCAGCGGGAGCAGCAGCAACACCAGCAGCAGCACCAGCAGCGGGAGAGGGAGCAGUUGCUACUCAGGGCCUGUCUGCUGCCAAGGAAGAGAAGGGAUCGCGACAUGAGCGAGAGGCUUCAACUUCUCCAGCUGAAGCGUCCAAGGGGACGGUUGAGCAUGCGCGCCAUGAGGAAGGAGGGGGGGCUGCGAAGUCUCACCGUCAGGAGAAGAACAGGUCCCAGCAGGUCAGCGAGCAGAGUCAUCGGGAUGCUGCCGAGCGAGGGCAGCAGGGACACGGAGGGAGAGCAGCAUCCCCUGCUGAAGCAGAGGGAAGGAGGAGCAGGAAGUCUGGAGAAGCUGAGCUGCCACCUCCGUCCUCGUCGAGCACCCGACGAGGAGGAGACAAGGAGGAGCACAAGGAGCUGAGAACGUUCGAGAUCUUCUUUCCGGACUCCACCACCAGGCUCAAGGACUUCUCUGUCAGCACCUCCUGGGCUGAGGCUCGCGAUCGGAUCCACCGGCUGCACGGCAGCGGCGGCGACAUGCUGUGGACUGAUGGGUCGGGCAACCAAAGGAGACUGAGCAGCGAAGGGAGCUGGCAAGACCUCAUAGAGGAGCUCCAGUUCGACUUUGCUGGCUCGAAGACGCUGAACGGAGUGGUGAGGGUGAAGAUCCUGGCGCGAGCUGCUGAGUCCCCGCUGGGAGGCGAGAAGGUCGAUCGGAACUUUAACAUCAACAUCCCGAAGGGAGACCGAAGGCACGCUGAACGCGUGCUUUCCCCUCCUGACUCCAUCGAGGAGGACAGCCGCGAGCGGGAGGAUGUGGAUAUCUACCGCUCUCCUCGCUCCGCCUCCAGGAGUCAGGUCCGCAGUGAAGGAAGAGGCCACAGGGGAGCAGGCAGGCAGAUUGUGAGCACGGACACAAGCGAGGUUGACACGGACAGAGGGGAGCGAGAGGUGUCGAGGAGGGUGAGGAGAGGCAAGGGAUCUCACGGGCACGUCGCCAUGGACGAGGCGCAAGAAGCGGCGGAGCAGGACGAGGAGGUGAGACUGGCAGACAAGCAGGUGGGGGAGAGCUUCGCCCCUCUCUCCCGUGCUCUCAAGGCGCUGCUGCUGCGAACCAGCAUCCGGGACCUGGUGCCCAACUACUUCAAGGAGGUCCCGCUGCUGGAGUCCUCCAUUCCUUCCUCCUCCAUCGACCUGGGCAAGGAGGCUAUGGACAACGUGAGCAUGCAGACUGUCGUCCUGCACAUCCUCGCGGUGAGGCUGCCGGGUGAGCACAGGCGCUUGUCCUUCCGCUCUCACUUCUACAACUCUGAUCCAUUCGAGACGCUGCCUGCCUGCAUCAAGAGCGACGGCCAAGAGCCCGCGGGCAAGGAAGACAAGCCUCAGCUCCUCGUGCUGGAGAGCGCGAGCAAGGUGGAGGCGGAUCAGAGCGCGGGGAUCGUGCUCUCGUUCCAGGUGGACCUGAGGAGGGAAGGGAAGGACCUGGUCGACUCGAGGCUCAGCUUCGCCAGGUUCUUGUCCUCCAAGUCGAUGCAGGUCGAGGUCUGGGACGCGGACUCGUCGCUUCCCAUCGGCAUCAUCCCCAUCGACCUCAAAGUCUUCCUGCGGCAGGGGAGAGAAGCCCAGCAGUCUGCUGGCGAGUACUCCAUCCUGGAGUUUCUCAGCUCGCAAGGAGGAGCGGACGCCUCCCCAGUCCAGCAGAGUACCGACGAGGCCCCCUUCCUCCCCAACAAGGUUGGCAGCGCCUUCAUGCGCUUCGUCUCUGUGGGCUUCUCCUCUGCUGCUGCUGGGGGGGCUGCUGCCGAGGUCCCCAGGGAGCCGCGCGGAGCUCAGAUGCCCGACCAUGGCAGCCGCGUGCUGCCCCUUACGGAGGAGGCGACCCAAGGAGGCAGCGAGGGGAGGGAGGAGGAUCACCCCCACGUGGCCCUGAGCCUGCUGUGCGCAUACAAGGAGGAGAUGCAGGCGCUGCUGAGGGAGCGAGGGGUGGAGGUCAAGGUGUCGGCAGACGAGCUGCAAAAGGCGAUGAUACAGCUGAAGCAGCUGUCCUCCGUCCUCUCCGUGCGGCAGAUCUCGGCCUUCUGCUUCCGCCUGUCAGAAAUGUUCCAGCCGGACGGGAGGAUCGACCUGGAGGCCAUCGACCUCAGCGGGCACGCGAUCAUCUCUGACAGGGUCCACGACAAGAGUAGAGCCCAGGCCCUCCGCCAGCAUGCUCGCCAGAUGCUCGGGCUGAUGACCGUCAGGUUCGGGUCGGUGCGCAAGUGCCUGCACAACUUCGCGGAGGGGGGGAGGAUGACGUUGAGUGCGUACAAGAGCAUGGUGCACGAGCUGGUGAAGCUGUCGGGGCUCAGCCCGGGGCUGCAUGACUCAGACGUGAGCGCCUUCCUGGAGCUGAUGGGAGCGCAGCCGGUGGAUGUGACGGCGAUGGAGAAAUUCUUCGAGGUGAAAGUGAGCGACAAGAAAGCGCCGGGGCUGGAGGAGGUGGACCGCAAGAAGAACGCGCGAUGGCAGCGGCUCAAGGCGAGCCGGCGAGGGGAGCGGAGCGCGAGCGAGGAGGAGAAGCAUCUACUGGUGGAGGCGGCGCGUCUGUACCGGGAGACGCACAAGGACUCCAAGAUCAAGCAGAUCCUCGAGAGCAGCAUAACGACAGAGGAGGUGAUCUUCCCGUCCUUCGGGGAGGUGGUGUUCCUGCAGUACCGGCUGAGGAACCCGUACUCGGAGGAGCGAGUCAUCGGCAUCCGCAUGGACGACGAGGAGCUGCAGCUGGUGACGGACGUGGAGGAAUGGAAGCACCUCAACAAGAUCUUCGGCGUCUCGGGGGUCGUCGAGUCCGACAUGGUGGCCAAGGACCGGCGAGUCUUCAACGUCUGGCUGCAGGCGCACCAAGAGAUUGUUGUCCCCUUCAAGUUCCGCUCGCUCGCCAGCUCGCUGACUCAUCGAGAAGCGGCUCCUGCUGGCUCCAUGACCCGAUCCCUCGCCGAAGUCUCCUCCUCCUCCUCCUCCUCCUCCCCUCCAGUUCUCCGCGAGAGGGACAUUCACGUCACCUUCGUCGCCCGCCGCAAUGGAGUGGCAGACGUGGUCCUGUACAACUAUGUGAUCAAGGUGAAGCCAAGGAGAUUCGUCAUCGAUCAGGUUUUCAACUUUUACAACGGUCAGAACGAUUUCCUCAAGAAGAAGAUCGUCGUGGACUCGAGCAGCUCGCCCUCCCUAGCAGGCUGGAGGUUCCCGUCAAACUCGUCAGUCGCCCGUAGCUCCAGCGCGAGGAAGUUCACGUGGACCAGCGACCCUGCCGUGGUUGUCCGGUCGAUACCGCACGCCAGCGACUCGCAGGUGGAGGACGUGCACAUCAAGUACAGGUGCGAGGCAGCUGGGCGAGUCGCCUCGUUCUUCGUCAUCCUCUACAACGACGAGUACCUCGCGUCCGUCUUCGAGAUCUGGCAGGUCAACAUUCACUCCAUGAAUCGGCUCGACGUCCAGGGGCUUGUGGGGCAGGUGGAGCGGGAAGGAUGCAGCAUCACACUCCGUUGCCGCGACAGCGUCAGACACGUCAGAGGCUUCUCGUCCCAUCCCUCCGAGUUCGAGCUCGAUGUGAAGGAGCCCAUGAGCAUAGGAGAUGCUCUCACGGAAAUUCCCUUCCGAUAUCAUCCCAUGAGGGCAGGCAAGCGCGACAUCCUCGUCAACUUCGUGGAUAGCGAUGUGCGAGGGCCUCCGCUCUACCGCUGGCUCGUGUGUGCGCGAGCGAAACUUCCGCUCAUCUCCAAGAGAUACGAAAUCUCUAUCGUUGCCAACAAGGCAAGCAACAAGAAGAUCAUGUACACGAACCCCUACAGCAUUCAGCGAACUUUCAGGCUGAGGACUAACCGACCUGACCUACUGAGCUUCAAGGACAACCAGCCUGAACUUCACAUCCUCCCUCGUGGACAGCAGUACAUCGGGCUGAGAUUCGGUGCUAGGAAGGCAGCGGGACAGGAGGAGGUUUUGGUCUUCAUCAACGACGAGGAGGACAAGAACGAAGAGGUACGAACAAGGGAGAUGAGAUAA